GUUCACCAUCGCGACCGCAACGCAGCGUUGGCGUCGUGCAACACCUUUCAUUGUAUUGACUAUUGACUGAUUCUGAAUACAGAGAAUAAUGUAUAAAGUUAAUUUGUCAUAUUAUUAUCUUAGUUCUUAUUAAAAUAUAUAGUAGUAUGUUUAGUUUAAGUGGAAUUAUGCCUCCGUUUACGUGAAUGUGAAAGAAGAACAGCCCGUGGAGUGCUACGCGGCCAUUUUACUUGCAAUGCGGCAACGGUGUACGAUCCGCCAUUGGAAACGGCCUGUGUCUUUUUCUCAGUGCAAGAUUUGUAUUUUGUCGAUUGUUGCGGUAUAGAAUCGACGGUUAAUCAUGUGUGGUAAAAGUGUAGUGCGGACUUUAGUGUAGUGAAGCACGGUGGUCGGGUGAUUCGAAUAAUGUGCGAACGAUGGAAAACGAAGUAAAGCAGCGCAAUCAGAGAAAUAGGCGAAGGGAGCGGGCACAGCGCAUGCAAGCACAGCGAGAGAGCAAAGUUAAGGAUGGGGACAGUGGCGAGGACGAGUCUCCGGCCCGAGAGAAGCCGCCUCGUCCUCCUGCCAGGAGGAAGAAGUCGCGGGAGCCGCUUGGAGAAGAAGAUAUCAUCGACGGUUUCGCCAUAAUGGCAUUUCGCACAUACGAGGAUCUAGAGGCUGCUGUGAAAUGCGCUGCCUCCCCUCGCACGAAUGCCCUGUCGACAAAGCCUCGGCUGCCCUUGGCGGCUUUGGCCACCGACACGGCUCGGAAUCACCCGCCCAACAAUGUCAACACCCAUGGUAUUACGCUUCUCCAAGACGCUGGCACAUCGGAUGACAGUGGACGGGCAUCAGAAAGACUCACGGGUAGUUCAGUUGCUCCUCGGGACCCUGACUCCUCCCGUGAUCGUCUUAGUGACGCCAGUAGCCGCUGUAGUUCCGGAAAAGGCUAUAUCUGUGAUAGUGAAGGCGACGACGACAAGGCGAGUCCUGAAAAUAGUAGAAAUGCCUCACCAAGAUACCACGAUGUUUCAAUGGAUGAUGCAUCAGAUGCUGGCUCUCUCUUCCGGGUGACUGGCGCGGCGGGUGGUGUAGGUGGCGGCGGCGCGGGCGGCGGAGGCGGCGGCGGUAAAAACGAGCUAGUGGCCCGGGGUGGCAGCGGCGGAGCUCUGGCCUUGUCUCGGGCACCCGUCGGCGGCAGCGCGAGUCCCGCGCCAGCACCUCUGCCGCAGCCCGCGCCGUCGCCAGCACCGGCCGCCUUACCUCCACCGGCGCUGCCCCCGCCACCCUUCCGCGCUGACACACCACACAGAUCGAAUGGCGCUCACAUUCCCACGUUGGACGGUCACGCUGCAACGCAGAUUCCAGCUCGACCAGUCGGAGCCGCCGGCCCCGACACACCGGAGCGCCCCGCCAGCAACAACAACAAACUACAGCCUUGCGCGCGCGCCUCUGCCGAGAGCCCCACGCCGGCGCCUCCCGCGCCGCCCGCACCGUCGCCGCUGUUCCCAUCUCACACGGCAUACCAGUCGCAGUCGCUGGCUGCGGCGGCGCUGCCCGACUACCGGCACACGAACCAUGAGACGCGGACCGAGCCGCCGGAGCCGCAGCCGCCGGCGCCGCUGGACCUGCACGCGCACCACGCGCCGCGCCCGCCGCACCUGCCGCCGGCCGCGACGCCGCCGCACCCUAGUCUCCCGAGCCGCGUUCCUCACUCACAACCCCACCCCGUGAUGCCGGGCCACGACGUCCGGAAUCAACAGGCCACUACCCCGACCCUACCCUCCGUUCCUACCUCCUUUCCAAACCGUAUCGGUGGCGUGCCACAGAAUGUCACACCGCUUUCUUCGACAUCGACAAACACAAACUGUCUUCCGAGUCAAACGUCUGCCGGGCGACCGGUCUCUCCAGCUGCACCUACUUCCCGACCGUACCCCGCCCCGACUAUUGGGUCUAGUCACGUAAACUCAAGUAUAAGUUCCAGUAUUCACAAUCAUACGAUACCCUAUCAAAGCCAAUCGAGUUUACAGAAGCAUUCCGUUCAGCCGGUGUUUGCGAACCGACCCUCACAUCUCGCUCCGUUUAGUGUGAGUUCUCAUAUCGCCACCAGUCACAUUCAGUCAUCGACGGCGAACCAAACCGCUGUCACGUAUGUAAGUCAUCCUGCGAACAGUCAUUCCAUUGCGAAUCACACAAGUCAUCUCGCUGUGAGCAAUUCUAGUAUGUUACCCACUUCCGCACCGAGUCAUAUAAUAAGUUCGUCUUUGUCUCUACCGUCAUCGACCCCAAACACUAUACCAAGUUAUACACCAAACUUGAAACACCCUGGCCUCGGUCUACCUCAACACGCCACGCCACUCGUGCCUCCUGUAUCCGCGCACAUAACAGUUAGUCAUUCAGAAUCACUUCCGACGACAACGUCUGCGCCGGCUAUUGUCGCCCCCGUGUCUACCAUUAGUAGUCAUCCUUUGGCACCACCCGUGGUCGACUCGCGGCAAGCGCCUGUUUCGUCGGGCGAAUUAUUGGCUCGGACGGAUACAGCGUCCGUCAGUAGCUCUCUCGCAUCUAAUGGAUACCCUCCACCUGCCAUAUACUCGGGUGGGACGUAUCCACCCUUGUAUGCACCAUAUGCUACCACACUUCAACAUAGUCCCUACCUUCCUCCUGCUGCGGCGUCCCCGAGGAACACAACAGAUACUAGAACAACUCUAUCAGCAUCGCCGCUGGUUGCGCCUAAAACGCCGAAAGGCGUGCGACCUCAUACACCUGGGUCAACAGGCACUGCGGGAGCACAGCUGUCAUACUCGCCGCGAGGUCACAGCCCGGCUCGGGAACGCGAAAGCUUCAGCAACAUCAGCAGCCUGUCUAGAAGUACCCCGGCAUCUGGCGCCAGCGCUGUGGUGUCAGGCCCGUCGUUGGCCUCUUCAUUAGUUGCGCCACUCGCCGCGCCACUGCCCGCGCCUUUACCAACUAACCUCUCGGGUCCGCUGGGGAGCGGGUUGGGCGCGCCGCUGGUGGGCACGCUUGGCACGCCGCUGGGCGCGCCGCUCGGGGCGCCACUCGGAGCUCCUUUGAGCGCCGCUUUAGGCGCGCCACUGGCAGCGCCGACGCCGACGCCCGCGGCACCCACUGCGCCGCACCUCACGCACUCGUUAGCGCCCGUACCCACCGUGCCCAGUAUCAGCUCCAGUGCCAAACCACCCGCCCAUUGGGGGGUAACCAGGGCCACUGGUGCCGAGCGCAGCGGAGGUUUCAACACGGCACCACCUUUAUUCGGCGCGCCACUGGCACCACCCAAUCCAAACCCUUUUUCCGCAGAGUCACUAUUUCAAACAAAAACGAGGCGAACAUGGCACGUUGCAGGCCCGGGCGCGGACUUGCUGCGGCGCGAGCUGGACACGCGGUUCCUGGCGGCGGCGGGUGCGGUGGCCGGCGUGCGCACCGAGCUGCACCACCACCAACACCAGCACCAGCACACGCACGUACACCAGCACCCUGCGCACGCGCCGCACGCCCCGCACGCGCCGCCCGCGCACGCGCCGCACCAUCCGCACCAGCUGCUCGUGCCGCAUGCGCCGCACGCACCCCACGCGCCCCUGUUCAAAGAUGUGAGCAAAAUGUCAUCGUUAUACCGGACGGGCCUAGGCUUGGGCUACCCGUAUUCAUCGAGUUUGCUGCACCCGACGCCACCUUACGUGCCUCCAGCGCCUCUCACCACAUACGCACCGAAGCCCGUAGUGUCGGCAGCAAGUGACACUGCUUCUAAACAACCACCACGUCCCGCGAUUGCGAAAACGGGAAAAUGGAACGCGAUGCAUGUAAGGAUCGCCUGGGAAAUCUACAAUCAUCAGCAAAAAGAAAAAGCUGGCGGCAACGUAAAUGCCGUCGUCUCCACCGCCGACAAGGACAAGUUGCGAGCGUUUCCAGGACCCGCACCACCACCGCCUCCUGCCUACCGCUCGCCUUACGAACUACCGCCUGCGCCAUACCUGCCGCAUCACCCACAUCUAGGUGUAUCUCCAUUCGCGCGAUACGGUCCUGGCGCAUAUCCGCCCGCUCCACCCGGUUUCGGCUUGUCCGCAUAUGGGCGGGACUUGGCGUUAUCGUCGUCGCUACAUGGCGUGCACCACGCGCCCACGCUUGGCGUCCUGCACGACGCGUGGCGCGCACGCCCGCCGCCUUCUGCCGCCGCUGCUGCCGAGGCGCGCCGCGACCACGAGGAGCGUGAGCGGGAACGCGCGCGCCGCGAACGUGAGGAACGCGAACGCCGAGACAGGGAAGAGCGCGAGAGACGCAAGGCGCGCGAGCAACGAGACCAACGCGACCGCGAAUUGGAACGAGCCAGGACUCGCUCGCCUCUGCGCAACGGCACCACAGAACCCCCAAAGGAAGAGCGCAAGGAGGCACCGAGACACGCACCGGCACCGUUGUCUGCGUAUCCGCCGACGCCUUGGGACCCGUACCGACCGUUCGAUCCACUGCAACACAUGCGGUUCGCACCACUGGUAGAAGCGGCCAUCCGCGCCGAGGAGGAUCGCGCCAAGAUGUUGAGCGCGUACGCGCACCACCAGCAGCUGAAGGCGAGCCCGCUGAUGCACCGCGGACUACCGCCGCACGGCGCGCACGGGGCGCACGCUGCGCACGGUGCGCACGGGCCGCACGGACCGCUGGCGCCGCUGGGCGCGCACGGCGGGCUGGCCCCGCUGGCUCCGCUGGCACCGCCACUCGCGCCACUGGCGCCGCUCGACCUGCUCAAGAAGGAGGAGCCGCGAUGAUAGUGCCGCGUCGCGUCCGCCGCUUCCCCUGCCUCCUCGGCCGCCUGCGAUGUGGACUGGCGUGAAUGACGUUGCGAGUGAAAGUACGACUCGUUUAAAGUGUAUCGUUUUUCAUUAUCGGUUUAGAGAAUUAUUUAUUGUAACGUCGCUUGCCGAUGGUCGUCGGCCGCGCGUCGGAGAGGGAGAUGCGACUUGCUAAGGUGCACUUUCUCACAUGUGCAAUAUGAAACGAGAACACUGGGGCGCCUGCUGCCGCCGCGCGCCGGCCUGUACACUACUGCUUGUUUAUUUACAUGAAAAUAUCUAUCGACUUGUUAUUGUGACCAUUAUUAGUUAAUUAUACAUGAAAUUGCUGAUUAUGUGAAGGAUAGGAUUAUCGGAAUCGCUAUCGAUAUAAUUAUACAUAUUUAUAUAUACCUAUAAAUAAAAUGUAAAUAUUAGUGUGUAAAAAUUAGUGUUAAAAUAUAGAAUCGGUUUAUUUAACGUCAUGCAAAGGAAAAAAAUCCCAUAAAUUAUUAUUGUAUCGGGAGUUUAAUUUCACUUCCGUUAAAAAUCUCAAUGGUUUUUCAAUUGUACCAGUGGAGUUUUAUUUAUUUAUUUAUACUCCCAUUAAUCAUAGAUGAACCCUGAACAUUUUCAGUUAAAUAAAGGUUGAUAUUUUGUUUUAAUGCAUUUAAAAAUAUGUGAUAUUAUUGUACUGUGAAUUAAAUUUUGUCUGACUUCAUAGUAGUGUCUAUUUCCAAAUACUUAGAUCUAAUGAUGAAUACGAUAAUGUUCAGAUUUGUAUUAUUUGAAGUAGUUAGAGUAUCAAACUAUUCCAUAUUAAAUUAUCCACCAACCUGCUGUAACACUUAAAAAGAUAGUUAAACUUGAAAUGUGCCAUUAAAUCUGCAUUGAAGGGCAUUGAGUCAGACAAAAUCGAAUUUAGUAUCUGUCUUCAUAGGCACAUCUGAUGGUUUGUGUUAUUAUUCUCAUAAAGGACAAUUCACAAGUGUACUAUAGUUUAUACAAAACCAUUCUGUAUACUAAAAAGUAAAUGAAAGCUUGGUGCGAUUCAGAAAAUACCAUUAAAACUUUUGAUUUUUAUACCAA